CGAGGCGUGGAUUGCAUCGCGCACGCGCAGUAUGGAGCUCCCCCGUCUAUACCUGGCAGUGUGAUACUCCGAAAGCUAAUUGAACACCUGAACACAAGGAGUACAGUACCCAGUGCCGGAAUGCAAGGAUUCAGAAACCGGAUCACUGGAGGAAGCAAGUACCGGAAUACAGACUCCUUUAUGCAACACCAUGAAAAAUGAGCCGCUGCCAAAAUCAGAAUACUACACCUACCUGCUGCUGUCCCUGGGAAUCCACUUCUAUUCGUUUUACAGAGUCUAUUUGUCUUCCAGAGAUCAUGAAGAGAUUAUAGAGGAAGAAGUCGGUCUAGAGGGAGACACUUCUUUUUGGGGUUUGAAAAAGGACAUAUCAGACUUUGAGUGGAGUUUCUGGACGGAAUGGGCUCGUUUGCGGCUUUUUUGGCUCAUGCUGGGACAUGCGCUACUGUCACAAUUUGCCAAAAUUUUCUUCAAAAAGUCUCACCCUUGGCUCCUGAUGGUAUACGGCAUGGUGGCGUGCUGGCUGGUACUGGGGACUAAAGGCUUGGUCACCAUCCUCCUGAAUACCGCCAUAUUCUAUGCCACUGCACUGAUGAAGAUUCCCAUGGUCACAUGGCUGAGCUGCCUGUUUAUGCUUUUAUUAUUCCACAAUGAGUCAGUGGAGGAUAUCCAGCGGUCGUGGUACGACAGUGAGAAUGAGUUCUACCUCCUGAAGUUCACGCUCACCGUGCGCUUCCUAUUUUACACAAGUUACUGUUUAGAGUACAGUGGUCUACAAACAAGUGACAAGACCCCCUUCUCCUUCCCUUCAUUGAUGUCAUAUGUUUUUUAUUACCCUCUCUUCCACAACGGUCCCAUCAUCAACUACAAUGACUUUGCUAAACAGAUGUUUGUGCAGGACACAAAAUGGACGGAUUUAGCUUUUUCUGGAUUGUUGUCAGAUGUAUGUCGCCUUGUUUUGUGGUGGUUUCUGGCGGAGCUGAUGAUCUACACCAUGUAUAUGCACGCAAUGUACAGCAGCCCGGCCCUCCUGGAAGAGGCCUCGUACUGGACCCUCGGUGGCCUUGCCUUGGCACAGGUCCUGUUCUUUUACGUAAAGUAUUUGGUCCUAUAUGGCUUCCCGGCACUUAUAGUACAAUUAGAUGGCGUGAAUCCUCCGGCGUUACCGCGCUGUGUCAGCACAAUGUACAGCUUCACCGGUAUUUGGAGGUGUUUCGAUGUCGGCCUUCACCGCUUUCUAGUGAGGUAUGUUUACAUCCCAAUGGGAGGCUCCCACUCAGGAUUUGGAGGAAUGCUGCUAUCUACUGCCUCGACCUUUAUAGUUGUAAGUUGCUGGCAUGGAGGCCAUGAGUAUCUGUGGUACUGGGCAGCUCUCAACUGGAUCGGAAUCAUUGUGGAAUAUGGAUUGAAAAGACUCCUUACUUUACCAUCUCUUCAAGACAAAAUUGAUCAGAAUUUGUCACCGAAGAUCUAUCGCCGACUUCACGCUGCCUUGGCAUCUGUUUCUACCGCUCUGUUGAUUCUCACCAACCUUGUGUUCCUUGGAGGGGAGCAGGUUGGUAAGAUAUACUGGAAAAGGCUGUUUGUACAAGGUUGGCCAUGGGUCCCUCCCGUGAUGUUCUUCUGCCUUUACUGCUUCAGCCAGGUGGGAAUCGAAUGGAGUCAGUUUUUGUACUCUAAGUAUAAAGGCAAGUUUCCUUCGUGUGGAAGAACCACGUCAGUCAAGUGAAGAUGUCAUGACACAACUUAUACAUAAGUCACUGGAUCUUCAAGAAGAUGGGAGGUGAAUCAAACAUCUGUAUUGUACUGAUUUACAGCAUUUAUUUUGUUUUGUUUUUAUUUUGAUAAUAAAAUUAUUUACUUUUUUAUUAUUCUUUAUUGUUCCGAUUAGAUUGUGUCUUGCUUGAUUUUGUACAUUUCAUUUUUUUUACCUCAACCUCCUUGGCCAUGUAGUAUGCAACAAGAA